UCGAAGAGAAGAAGAAACGAAGAAGAGGUUUUCUAGAGAUUCCCAAAGUGGCCAACGAUGGCGAACACGAGGGCCUCUUCCUCCUCUUUGGAUCCCCUUUGUUCCCGAUUUCUCUCUCCUUCUCCGAUCUCCGUGUAUGUCUUGCUCCUCCUCCUCUUCUCCACCGUCGUCGUCUUCUUUUCUCAUCGCCAGAUCGCCCAAGUUAGCCACCAGCCGUUUGUCUCUGAACUGCCUCCCGUGCUUGAAGAUAAGCAUUUGUGGGAUUCUUCUCAUGGCUAUGGUUACAAGCAAUGUAUCAAACCUACUCAUAGAUAUAAACCUCCUCAAGACGUGAAUCGCUAUCUUACUGUUAGAAAUAAUGGAGGACUCAACCAAAUGCGCACUGGAAUAUGUGAUAUGGUUGCUGUAGCUCGCAUAAUGAAUGCAACACUUGUAAUUCCUGAAUUGGAUAAGCGGUCUUUUUGGCAAGACUCAAGCACCUUUUCAGAUAUCUUCGAUGAAAAUCAUUUCAUCAAUGCCUUGCAAGGAGACAUUCAUAUUGUUCGUGAGUUGCCUAAGGAGUUGGCAUCACUUCCAAGGGCCCGCAAGCACUUCACUUCAUGGGCAAGCGUGAGCUAUUACGAGGAGGUGUCACAUCUGUUCAAGGAUUAUAAGGUAAUUCAUGUGCCAAAGUCUGACUCAAGACUAGCAAACAAUGACCUUCCUAUUGACAUUCAAAGGUUGCGGUGCCGUGCUUUAUAUCAUGCACUCCAGUUUUCAGCUCCAAUUCAGGACCUGGGGAAGAAGCUUGUGGAGCGGCUGAAAUCACACGGACGAUAUAUCGCGCUGCAUCUUCGCUAUGAGAAAGAUAUGCUUUCUUUUACUGGAUGUACUUAUGGCCUCAACGAUUCCGAAGCUGAAAUGCUGACUGCUUUGAGGGAGAAUACGAAACAUUGGAAAUUAAAGAAAAUAAACUCAACCGAACAGAGAAUAGGAGGCUUUUGUCCUUUGACCCCCAAAGAGGUUGGGAUCUUUUUGCAAGCUUUGGGUUACCCUCCAGCCACCUAUAUCUAUAUAGCGGCGGGUGAAAUGUUCGGUGGAGACACUUAUCUCUCAGACUUGCGAUCUCGCUUCCCUAACUUGGUUUUCAAGGUUCUCCCAUCUUGUGCUAAAUUAUGCUUGGUGCAAACUAUGUUACCAAUUCUUCCACCUAUAAUUACAUUGAAUUUUUUACAGGAGACAUUAGCGACAGCAGAAGAAUUGAAAAAAAUUGUUAGUCAUGCAUCUCAGGCUGCGGCUAUUGAUUAUAUAAUAUCAGUCGAAAGUGAUGUAUUUGUUCCAUCGUAUACCGGCAACAUGGCAAGAGCUGUUGAGGGACAUCGGAGAUAUCUCGAUCACCGGAAGACAAUCAACCCAGAUAGGAAAGGAUUAGUAGAACUCUUUGACAAGAUGGAAAAUGGAGAGCUGAAAGAAAGUUCGACUUUAUCGCCACUUGUAACUCGAAUGCAUAAAUCAAGACAAGGAUCUCCAAGGAAACGAUAUGGUUCUCUACCAGGAAUGAAAGGAAGAAACCGUCUUAGGACCGAAGAAUCUUUCUAUGAAAAUCCACUUCCCGAAUGCAUUUGCCGUAAUUGAAAGCACUGAUUCUACUGAACUUUGGUAUUUUUGUUAGUGUUGCAAUUGUUUCAUAUGAUUCUUUUCAAUGAAGCGUCUGUUGCCAAAACUUUGACAUCUCAAACAAGCAAAUAUAUUUUAUAUGCGAAAUUUAGUGGUGUCAAACGGGCCGUGCUGGCCCAAGCACGGUGCUACGGUACCUUGCCCGGGUCAGGCACGGCCCAAACCCUAGGCCGUGCUAGGCUAGGGGUUUGCAGCCAGUGGUCCGGC